AUGUUCUCUCUGGGGUCCUGGCUGCCGGCGGUGCCGGGGCUGGCCUGGGGCUGGGCGCUGCUGGACGCGCUCCUGCGAGGGCUGGUGGGCGCCUGUGCCAUCUCUGUGCUCUGCAGCCUCCUGAAGGUUUAUCUCUACAUCCAGUGCCUGAAGUAAGCACCGGCCCUUCUGUCCCACCAGGGAUCUGCUUCGGGGAUCUGCUUUUGGGAACUCCUUUUGGAUCUGCUCUGCUUUUGGAUCUGUUUUGGGAUCAGAUCUGCUUUGGGCAUCUUUUGGGAUCAGAUCUCCUUUGGGGAUCUCCUUUUGGGAUCGGAUCUGCUUUUGGGAUCUGGUCCCGUCCCGCUCUCGCAGGGUGCCCACAGCAGCCAGCUCUAUCUGCUGUGCCAGUACUCGCUGGGCUGCGGGGUGUCCUGCAGCCUCAGCUUCUUGCUAGAAGAAGCUCCUCAUGGAACCUGCAACCUGGUCCUGGCCGUUGGGCUAGCGGGGCUACUGGCUACUUACACCCGGCGUUUGGCUCGUCACGUCUGCACCCUGUACGAGCUGCACAGCCGAGCGCGUUACUGCGGCCUCUGCAUCCUCCUCCUCGCCGGGGGUCACCGUGUCCCUCACCUGCUCCGUAACGCCCUGGCCGUCACCUUCGCCGUGGCCGACCUGGCCGCCGUGGCUCUUAUCAACCGCGAUUUCCUCUCCACCGCCGAGGCCGUUCGGUUCUGGACGCCGCUCACCAUCUGCUACGCGCUGCUGGUCACCUACAUGCAGGAGGAGCCGCGGCGGAGCGGGGUCGGGCAGCCGGUGUACCGGACGGUGCUGGUCAGGAUGGGCGGCCUCUUCAUCCUCCUCCUCACCGUCGGGCGCUGGACCGAUGUCCUCCACGUCCUCAUCUCACUGCUGGGAGAGUUCUGGUGCCUUCUCCGUGCCGGAGCCAUGCUGGAGGCAUGCAGGUGGCAG